GUCAACAAGUGCCGUCACAAUAAAAAAUUGUAUUUUUUAAAAGUACCUGUAAGGUACUUCUGUGCGAGAAAAAUUCCCCAUAAUUGGCUUACCUUUAAUUAUGCAAAAAUUGUUUUGUAAAAACAUUCCAAAAAUUUAGAAAAAAAAUUAAUUUGAAAUCGAUUAAACAUGUCGAUGGUCGAAUUGGAAUCAUUACUCUAUCGCAAGCGGAAUGUGGUGUAUGCUUUUGUGCGUCAUAAGCUAAUGCUGCUCUGUAAACAGUCGUUGAUACGCGUGCAGUCCGCUGAAGGCAUAAAACGUAUCGAGAUCUCACCGAAAGCUAAUUUAAAGGAGCUCUUCGAAAUGGUACACCACAAUCUCAAAGUUGAUGGCUUCGGUCUCUUCAAGGAGCGCAAUUUUCUCACAGAGUUGCAUUCUAGUCAUUCGCAGAAAAUUGGUUCCUGCCUUAAACAUGGCGAUAUGUUGUAUCUGAAGAAAAUUGCUGGGGGAUCGAUUCGUCGUACCAGCACCACAGCCAUUGAUGAUUUUGAGACUUCGAGCGUUAAUUUGCCGACAGCAAGCAGCACCAUACUAUUUCAACCAUCUACCGCCGUCGUAGAAGAUGAAGUGGAUCAAACGCUAGCCAAAAUAGAUGGCUUAAUUGAACGUCCGCGUGAUCCAAAGCUUUGUCGUCACAAUGCCAACGGUCGUUGUGUGCACUGCUCACCACUUGAACCGUACGAUGAUAAUUAUCUGAAGGAGCAAAAGAUUAAACAUUUGUCUUUUCAUUCAUACAUACGCAAACAAAAGUCGGGCAUUGAUCGUGGCAAGUAUGUCGCUUUCGAUGAUAUCAAUUGCCGCAUAAAGCCAGGCUGUCGUGAGCAUCCCCCAUGGCCUAAGGGUAUCUGUUCCAAAUGUCAGCCAUCGGCUGUCACGCUAAAUCGUCAAAUUUAUCGACAUGUUGAUAAUAUUAUGUUUGAGAAUCCAACUAUAGUUGAACGUUUUCUCGAUUAUUGGCGUACAACCGCUCAUCAGAGAAUGGGUUAUCUUUAUGGCACCUAUGAGGUACAUGCUGAUGUACCACUUGGUAUACGUGCAACUGUCGCCGCCAUUUACGAGCCGCCACAGGAAUCUACACGUGACUCGAUUCGAUUAUUGGAUGACGAAGCAGCUGCUGAGGUAGAUGAGUUGGCGCAGGCUUUGGGUUUGAAGAAGGUUGGUUGGAUUUUCACUGAUCUCAUUACCGAUGAUCCAGCUGUUGGUAGUGUCAAGCACUUACGUGGCAUUGAGACUCAUUUCCUCACUGCGCAGGAGUGUAUCACGGCGGGCGAACUGCAAAACCGUCACCCGAACCCGUGCAAAUAUGGCUCUAGCGGUUACUUCGGUUCGAAAUUUGUUACAGUGUGUGUAACAGGCGAUAGCAGCAAGCAAGUGCAUACAGAGGGAUAUGCCGUAUCAGCUCAAUGUAUGGCUUUGGUGCGAGACAAUUGCUUAAUACCCACCAAAGAUGCACCCGAAUUGGGAUAUGUACGCGAAUCAACAGACAAACAAUAUGUUCCAGACGUUUAUUAUAAGGAGAAAGACCAAUAUGGCAAUGAAGUACAGCGUUUGGCGCGUCCGCUGCCAGUCGAAUAUUUGCUGGUGGAUGUGCCCGCCUCAACUCCACUCCAGCCACAAUUCACAUUUACACAGUACAAGAAGCGCGGUGAACCGUUUCCGGUGGAGAAUCGCUACCUCGAUGGACAUUUGCAGGAUUUCGGUGCGCUAAGCACGUAUCUCUCCCACUGGGCGGAUCAUGAAUUUCUCGAGGCCAUUUCUGAUUUUCACUUGCUGUUGUAUUUGUAUCGAAUGGACACGGUGCCGUUACGCGCACACAUCGCCCCACUACUGGAGGCCGUACGCACCAAGAAUACCGAUUUGGCUUACAGUUUUAAGGCCAGCGAACCGUGGAAGCUCUUGGAGUCGCUCAUACAGGCGAGCACCGGCAGCGGCAGCAUUCACUCUGCUGGCAGUACAACUGCCGCUUCCAACGCGGGGGCCGCCGCCGCUGGGGGAGGUGGUGCCGGCGUUGCGAACAGUCAGUGGCAAUGCAAUCACUGCACCUUCAUUAAUCCGGGCGAAUUGAGUUCGUGCGAGAUGUGUUCGCUGCCGCGGUAAACGCUUCGUCGCGCUCAUCGCUUACGCCGUCAUCGUUGCCGUUGCUGCGGGCGCAGUACCAUGUCAGUUGAUUGCUCGCUCGGCUGGUGGGUUGGUGGGCGGUGCGUUCGCCAAAAGCGCAAUAUGUGGCUGGAUUGCUGGUCGACAGGAUUUCAUCAUUAUUUCAUUUCAAUUAUAUUUACAACAACAAAAAACUAUCUUAACUAUUACAAUUUGCAGCAAACAACGCAGGACAUCAUGGAAGUAGACAUAGAAACAAAUGUUAUUUAAGCGCCAAUAAUUGUUUGUGAUUUGAUUCAAAUAAAAUUGAAAUUGUUUGCAAA